UCAAUCAAAUUGUGCCGAAUCGUGUCGAAUUUGCGGAAAUUUUCCAUCGUAUUGGUAUAGUAUACCUAAAAUUUAUGUUAAUCGACACUAUAACCAAUACGAUGCUAAUUUCUGCAAGUUCGACACAAGUUCAGCACAAUUGCCGUAAUAAGUGUUAUAAAUAAUGGACUUUAUUGCUAUAUUAUUGCUGAUGGAAGAAGAACGAAAUAGAAAUAGACGUCGAAAAAACAAUUUAAAUAUAAUAAGGAGAAAUUUAAGAAAUUCGUUUGAUAUUCGGGAUAACACAUUUCUCAAAUUAUAUGUAUUAUCUAAAGUAGCAACUAUACAAUUGAAGAAUUAACAAAUUUUAUGUCAGUUCCGCAAAGAAGAACAGCAAUUCCUCAACAUUUACAACAUCUGUUCCUAUCAAGAAAGAAAGAAACGUAGGACAGGAUUUUCUAUCAUGCAUGAGUCAACUUCCAUCUCCGUUUCUAUUCAUAUAACUGUAUUAAAUGUUAUGGGACAUUGGAUUCAAUUUCCAACAACAGAUAGAAGGAAACAAUAAAUUAAACAAGGUACACAGAUUUUUUGAAAAUACUAGAUUUCCAGGAGUAAUUGGCGCUGUAGACAGGACUCACAUUGCAAUCUUUUCACCACAAACUGAACGAGAACACCUUUUCAUUAAUAGGAAACAAUAUCAUUCAUUGAAUGUGAUGAUUGUUUAUUCCUAUAAUAACAAAAUAUUAGCAGUAAAUGCAAUGCAUGGUGAAAGAACGCAUGACGCCAUAGUUUUUCAUUCUUCGUGUUUGUUCCAUUAUUUGAAAGACAACAGGAAGCAGAAAGAAGUACAGGUAUUUAGAAAGGCCGAUAACGAUGCUUGCAAAAAGAGAGGGCAUUGCAUUAUCAAUCGGAAUUCGCAACUCAUAUUGUAAAUGCAUAUUGCGUUCUACACAAUAUUGCUAUAAAAUGGAGAAUUCCAGAAAAUGAAAUUUAUUUAACUGAGAUAGAUGAACAAAUACCAAUACAAUAUAAUGACAUUGACAUAAAUAAUUGGAAAAGAUGACGGGCAGUAGGAGUCAAGC